AUGGGGCAACGAAGGAGCGGGAAGUCAUCUAUAUCUAGCGUGGUUUUCCAUAAGCUGCCGCCAAACGAGACAUUAUUCCUAGAGUCUACGGCUAGAAUCCAAAAAGACAGUUUAAACUCGUUCAUGGAGUUUCAAGUCUGGGAUUUCCCUGGACAGAUCGAUGUCUUUGACAACCCUUCCUUCCCUUUUGAUAUGGAUGCCAUCUUCGGUGAGAUCGGCGCACUCAUCUGGGUCAUCGAUGCCCAAGAUGAUUAUCUCGAGGCUGUCGCGCGCCUCAACGCCACUAUCCUACAUCUACAGCGCAGCUACCAGCACAUCAACAUCGAAGUUUUCAUCCACAAAGUCGACGGCCUUUCCGAUGACUAUAAGCUAGACAUCCAGCGCGACAUCACCAUCCGUAUUCAGGACGAGCUGUCGGACCAAGGGGUUGAGAAUGCGCCGGUGAACUUCCACCUGACCAGCAUCUACAACCACAGCAUCUUUGAAGCCUUUAGUAAAGUUAUCCAGAAGCUGAUCCCCCGCCUCGGCCAGCUCGAGGCCAUGCUCACCAACCUGUGCCGGACCUGCCGAUUCGAAAAAGCCUACCUGUUUGACGUUAACACCAAGAUCUACAUCGCCACCGACAGCACCCCCGAGGACAUGGCGUCGUACGAGAUUUGCUCCGACUAUGUCGACGUCAUUAUCGACUUCACCGAGGUGUACGGCAGCUGGCAGCGCACACCCGAGUGGCGCAAGCGCCUCGAGGGACCCCCCUGGGAGCAGAAACUCGAGGACCAGGUUGCGUGCGAGUGGGCCGAGAGCGGCAUGGUGCUGGCGGACGCGCAACGCCCCAUCAUGCUCCGCGAGGUGGACAGAUUCCUGGCACUCGUGGCGAUCAUGAAGGAGGGCAGCUAUGAGAAGAUGCCGCAGAUUAACAUGAAUGUGGAUGUUGUUGUCAAGGGGCUGACGGAGUUCUUUGAGAUUACAAAGUCCAAGAUGACGCCCACAGCUGUCCCGGGAGGUGUUACGGCUGUGAAUGGCAAUGGGGUGGUGGGAAAUGGUCAUUAG